CCGGGAGAGGCAGCUCAGCGGUGAAUGCCACUCUUCUUCCUCAGUGUGCUUUGGCAGCGGGUACCGGUCGUGUCCCCUUUGCUAGCACGCGAUCAUGGCUAGCAGAGGGAGAGAAUGUAUGUGAUUUUCCCCCUGGACGACUUGUUAGAUCUGAAUAGUGCGAGAGGAAGUAAACGUGAGACAUCGUGGUCGUCGUCCCAACAGAGUCAUAAGAGAGAGACUGUGCAAGUUUUGACUCCUUCCCAACCUAACCAACAACUUCCCAGUCAACUUCAACCUCCCUUGAAUCAGCUGCUCCCUUAUCCUCAAAAGUCAACACCACCUCAACAACAAAAACAGCAGCAACAACAGCAACAGCAGCAACAACAACAACAACAGCAACAACAACAGCUAAAACUACAGAAAACUACUUUUCAAAAGACACCGUCCAAAGCGUCCACUAGUAGCCAACCCUCCCCGCUUAGUCCUUACCAACCUAGCAGUGUUCCUAGCAGUAGCAGUAGCAGCCAUAAUAGUUCUCUGAAGCAGCCGCCUCAGGCCAAGCACCGAGCUCUGCCAGAACUGUUGGUGAACCAGCGCCAACCAUCAACUUCCACGGAAACCUCCGUCUCCUCCACUGGUGCUAAGGCAAAAGUCUUGCUGAGUCUGCCGACUUCUGGAGGAAAAGUUAGCGAGAGUCUCUCUUCCUGGGCCGGGAGUCCUUCAGGACCCCCGGGGGAGCCCUUGGUGGGCGGCGGCAGCAGCAGCUUCAAGACUCGGGACGACCAUAACACUGACAGCGGUAGUCAAGGUUUAUCUGCCUCCAAUAGCCAUAAAUUUUAUAGCUUAAGAAUUAGAAAUCAAAGAGGCAGUGAGAGUCCUCGGGAUUUUCGUGACAGUGGAAAUAUUAAGACUCAGUUCAGUGGAAGUCAGAGCUUCAGGUCCCAUAUUGUUAAAAGUGAAAGUUUCAGGUCCUACCUGAGCACUGGCGGGGCUCACAAGUCCCAGCCUGUUGCUGAUAUAGCGAAGUCUCAGCCACUAGUCGCUGAGAGUGUCAAAUCACAACAGGCGCCUGUUGCUGAGAGUGCGAAAUCGCAGCAGGUGUCCGCCGGUGAGUGUAUCAAGGCUCGGCAGGAGCCUUUGCAGCAGUCGCAGAAUUCCCGCCGACCCCCUGCUCAGAGGCACCCCAGCGGCAGGAGCAGCCACAGUUCGGGAAGCCAAAGGGCUUCUGAUCCCUCCCCUUUCUCUGGUCCAGCUCCUGGUGCCUCUGGGGGCGCGGCAGCAGGGGUUCGAGGGAGCGGCAUAAACACAAAGAUUGGAGCCAGACCUCGUGGCCUGCAGAAGAGCGUCAUGGCAAGCGAGGUCAGCUUCCGUGACCUCACGUUCCCAUCCGCUAACGAAACACUCAAGGCUCAGAACUCUGCCACCUUCAAACUCGUCAAAACAGAUGACGAUACCCAACACUAAGACCACUGAGACCCACCGGUAAGCCAGGGGUCGCUCUUGUCGUGACCCGCCAUAGGAUCACUUGGCAACUCCACCUGCGCAGGUGUAUUAAGCACCACCGUCUUGCUGUAGUACCGGCGCCACUGAAUGGUCGUC